CUGCUGACGACCCUCCCACCUUCGACAACCGGUCCACGCGCCGACGCUCUUCACACCCUCCUCGAACCCGUACAUACUCUUCUCCUCGACGUCGUCGUUGCCGCCGCCGCCAUGGAUCAGGCAGACAUCCCGGCGCUCCUGUCGCGCCUCGCCAGUGACGAGGACGCCGCCAGGAAAAUGGCCGUCUUCAAGCUCCAGUCCUCGAUCAACGAUCCCGCCUUCGCAGACGUAUUCAUAUCUUCCGGCGGAUUAGUGGUGCUGCGCCGCCUGAUCAUGAGCGCGGGAGGAAACACUUUGGCAUACUCGCUGCAGAGUCUGACGCGCCUGCUGGAGGUGGACAUGGGCUGGGAAAUAUUCGAGGGUUCGUCGGCCGGCGACCUCGUUGAGCGCAUCGUCGAAUUAAUCGUCACGAACCCCCUCGUCAACAUCCUCCGCGGCGCCAUGUCGAUCUUGGUAGCUCUCGUCGCACACUCUCAGUCCUCCGGCCGGCCCACCACCCCGCGCGCACCAGGAUCUUUUGGUUUCAGGGCCCUGAAACCCGCCGUCGCCGUUUAUCCUCAGUUCUUCGAGCUUGUCAUCGCACAAUUGCAGUCCGCCGACCACGCGCUGUGCGCCAAUGCGCUCAUGCUCAUCAACGCCAUGAUCAGGGAUGCCGUCUCGAAUGAUGGAAAUACGAAGCCGGGGGCGCCAGCCAUGGAGGAGUGGUCCAAGUUCAUCAAGCGUCUGCAGGACCUGGGACUGAUCAAGGCGGUUUACAACCUGAUGCAGAGCUCCGCACUGCAGGAUCUCGCGCACCCUCUGCUCGAAUUUCAGUCACUGACCAAGGUCCUUCUGAGAAAAUGGCGCGAGGUGAGGGUCGAUCUUGAGAGGCCUGAGCAUCGACGCGGCCUCAAGGGUCUGCACCUCGCAAGUAACCCUGAGAAGCAGGUCAAUGGCCAUUCGAAGCUGGAUGAGUUGAACGAAGGCAAGAAAGGAAGCCGACGACACAACCCCGAGAAGUGGAGGAGACUUGGCUUCGAGACGGAGAGCCCCGCGCAAGAAUUCGAGAUUCCCGGUUUCCUGGGCAUGAUGGACUUGACCGACUACGUGCGGAAGAAUGAGGACAGCUUUCAGAAGUUAUUGCUGGAACAAUCGACAAAACACAGGAGUGAGCGGUGCCCAGUCGCACGAGCAAGUUUGGCUGUUACCAUGAUUCUUUACGACCACUUCGAGGUGGACAAGUCGGAAAUCGAGGACACGAUGAAGGGCUACCAAGGCUUGGACGGUAUUAAGAAUAACGAGAAGCUCUUCCGCCCUCUUCUUCUGCAGUGGUCAAGGCUACACACCGCCGGUCUGCAGGCUUUCUUCCGCGUGUGGAAAUCCACAGUAGCAGAGCAACUGGACUUUGAGAAGGUGGCAGAGCUUGUUCGCAUCCUCAUCGAACAGGUUAUCGGACAAGCCACCAGAACCAAAGAUGUGGUGGAGGUCGAAGAGGAGCUUUUGGAGUACGACUGCACCAGGUUGCGGGAGCUUCAGAUGGAACUUCUCGAGCUGUCUUUCGAGGAUCAAUGGGGCCAGCACCUGUAUCAAGUCCGAGAGGAGUUGAGACAGGAGGCUCUCCAAUUCGUCAAGGAGCAACGUAUCAGGUGCCUGCUUCAGGGCUCGUGGUUCUCUAAGCCCCUUCCCCGACGGGACACCAAUCCUCGAGACGAGACCAAGCGCCGGCUGUAUACGCCGCGGCCGUGGCGCUUUGCUAAACUAUCACACAACAGGAGGUAUCUCCAUUACGCCGACUUCGAGACGAAGACAUCGCAAGAGCCCGGACUGGAUAUUUUGACCGAGAAGGUGGACCUCAGCACCAUUAGCUCAGUGGUGUCUAAUGUCUCGGCAUCCAACGAAGAAGCUCGCAGCGCGACUAGUAGUUCGACGCUCAAGAACAACGUAACGGUCAAGUCGACAACAAAGAUCACCAUCUUCAGCUACGUCGAUGCCGUGGAGGCAGCCAAGGGUGGCGACGCGAAGGAGCAGGCUAUCCUGACGCUUCACCCCACAACGCACAGUCUUGCAUCGGAGUGGCUUGACGGCCUCUUGAUGCUGCUCAAUCAGGCGCCCAUCACUGCGGAGACGAACAAGCUCGUCAACCUCGUCAGCGACUUUGGUCUCAAGAUCAGGCUGCUGAACGUGAGGAUAGAGGCCGCAUAUACCGGCCCACUGCCAGGGGCGGGGAUGAUUCCCAGCCGGGAAGGGUUGGACGAGGACUACUUCUACGAGGUGUAA